GUUUAUGACUCACAAUGUUUCAUGAAUUGUUCAAAACUUAAAUGUAUCAAUUUAAAUAACAACAAAACAAUAUUUGGGAAUGAUGUUUUCGAGGGUUGUGUGUCACUUGAAUCGAUACUUUUUGAAAAUCAAAAGUUAAAAACUUAUAGUGGAGAAGUUAGCUACACGUUUUAUAACCAAUUUAAAAAGAAGCAAAUUAUUUGUGAAAACAUUAAAGUAAAAUGCAACGAUUUAAUGACAUUCGGAAUUGAUAUUUUAAAAUUUCAAAAAGUUCAUAGCAUUGAUGAAGGAGCAUUUUUUAACAACACAACAAUCACUGAAAUUGAAAUACCAAAUAAUAUUACUGCAAUUGGAAAUUUUUGUUUUGUUUGUGCAACUAAACUUGAAAGAGUCGUAUUACCAUUAUCAAUAACAGGAACUCCCUCCUUUUUGUUUUGA